AUGCAUGCUCUCCGCAUUGCUCGCUUGGGCCAGGGUCUUGCUCGUCCACCUGUCCUGCUCAGCGCCUUGGCUCCCGACAGCCAUCUCGCAACUGCGUACGAUAUGCCUGCAACGAAUGACAUGGAGAAAGGGCAGCACGCACACAUUGUGGCGCUCGUCAUUCACGGCGGUGCUGGCGGAACCACGACCCCAGACAUGCCAGCUGACCUGCUCGAGGCGUAUCGAAACCGGCUGCGCAGCAUCCUCACCACCACGUAUGCAGCGGAGCACGCUUCGUCGCUCGAUGCAGUCUGCCAUGCUGUAUCGCAGCUCGAGGACUCGCCGCUCUUCAAUGCGGGCAAGGGCGCCGUGUUUGACCUGGCUGGCAACACGGUGUGCGAGUGCUCGCUUAUGACGACGCAGCCGCACCUCAAUUCGAACACGGUUGCGGUCACGGGAGUGGAGCGCACCAAGAAUCCGAUCAAGCUAGCGAGGGUCUUGAUGGAAAAGAACAAAGAGCUGGGAGGACAUGCUUUCUAUUCGGGGAGGGCGGCCGAGCAGGCCGGGUGGAAGUAUGGAACCAAGCAGGUGGGCAAGAGGUACUACUGGACCAAGCGCAGGUGGAACGAGCACAAGCGCGGACUUGGCGAGAUCCAGCAGGGCGAUGGUAAGGAAGAGUUGUGUUUCGAUGCGGUUGGCGACGAGGAUCUGCCAGCUUAUGGGGAAGGUGCGGCGGAGAAGAUGGAGGAGCACGAGGAUCAGGCGGUUUUCGAUAGGUAUGCUGAUCUGAGCGACUUUUUGCCGCAAGGAACGGUGGGUGCCGUAGCGCUCGACUCUGAGGGUCAUCUGUCCGUCGCCACGUCGACGGGCGGCAAGACGAACAAGUUCCCCGGCCGAAUUGGCGACACUCCCUCGGUCGGGUCUGGGUUUCUGGCUGAUUCGUGGACCAGCACAGCGGUGCAUCGACACAAACGAUCUUGGCUGGUGCGAGUCGUACAGCGUCUGCUGCUCAAAGCGCCACCAGCGGGGAACGUGGGGAAGGAGCAAGGCGUGGUGAUCUCGGGCACGGGCGAUGGCGACUUUUUCCUGCGCACGUGCUUUGCCUCGUCCAUCGCCGACCGCAUCCGUUUCGCCAACGUCCCCAUCGAACGCGCGAUCAAUGCGGCCAUGGCCGAGAUGGUGCGGCUGUACGGAAAGCCAAAGGGCGUCGGUGGGGCGAUUGUCCUCGACAGUGACGGGAAUGCGUACUUCCCCCUGGCCGCGGCAACGAUGAACAGAGGCCUCAUCUCAAAGCACACCGGCUUCAGACCAAGGAUCGCCAUCUUUGAUCACGAGAAGCUGGCCUAG